AUGGGCAGCAUCAGGCGCAUCAAGACAAAACGCCGGACCCGCGACUUGGAUCAGGUCAAGGCUGAUCUUAAAUCCCCCAAGCACCUCUCCCAACACCAAAAUGCCAAAGCCUCCGAAGACCUGCCCGCACUGGGCGCUUUCUACUGCAUCGAAUGCGCCAAGUACUUCUCAGACAGCCAUAACCUGAACGAGCAUCGGAGAGGAAAGAUACACAAGAGACGCGUCCGGAUGCUUAAGGAAGAGGCACACACCCAACAACUCGCAGAAGCCGCUGUGGGCUUGGGAGUAGAUAACGGCCGUGCACAUCGAAACACUGAAGCCAUGGAGGAUGUUUGA